CCGGUAAAUUACAUCGACAAUCAGUGAGGUAUAAACGUAUAGUGUUCUAAAUAAUUUCUUUAAUCGUCAAAAUUCCAAAAGUUAAACAUGAAAAUUUAAAAUUAAAAAAAAUCGUAAGAGAAUUCGGUGAAAAUGUGCUUAUGACUGACGGAAAUAUUAUAUUUUGUAAAUUGUGUGAAGUCAAAAUAAAUUCGGAUAGAAAAUAUAACGUUCAACAACAUAUUGGCAGAGUAAAACACAAAGAAGCAUUGAAAAAACUUGAAGCUGAAAAACAUAAUGCAGUUCAGCCAUUCAUUCAACAAUUUUGUAAGUCUGAUUUUAAUGCUGACCUAUGUUCCGCAUUUAUAGCGGCAAAUAUCCCCCUAAACAAAUUAAACAACGAACAUUUUCGCUCAUUUCUUUCAAAAUAUUGCAAUAAAACUAUUCCAAAUGAAUCAACUUUACGUAAAGGAUACUUUAAUUCUUGCUACACUAAUGCGAUAACUAAAAUACGCGAUGCUGUGAAUGUCCAAAAAAUAUGGGUUUGCAUAGAUGAAACAAUUGACAGUGUGCGACGUAAUGUAGCUAAUGUCAUUAUUGGUAUUUUGAAACCACAAGAUGUUGGUAAAACUUAUCUUAUUCACACAGAAUAUUUAGACAAAGUGAACCAUAGUACUAUUUUUCAAUUAUUUGACAAAUCUAUGCAUAUUUUAUGGCCAAAUAAUCAUGAGGACAUUUUAUUAUUUGUUUCGGAUGCCACGCCGUAUAUGAAAAAAGCUGGCCGCUGUAUUCAAACACUGUAUCCAAAAGCUUUGCAUGUGACAUGCUUAGCUCAUGUCCUCCAUAAUGUGUGUGAAGAAGUGCGUGCACAUUUCCCAAAAGUUGAUCGUCUAAUUACCGAGAUGAAAAAAACAUUUCUGAAAUGUCCAAAACGGAUCGCUAUUUUAAAUGAAAAAUGUCCGGAUAUUCCAAAUCCACCUAAACGAAUCACUACUCGUUGGGGUACAUGGAUUACAGCAGCCGAAUAUUAUUGCACAUAUUUAAAUGAAAUAAAAAGUGUAGUUGAAGAAUUCAACGAGAAUGCCCAGUGUGUGAAUGUUGUAAAAGAGCUUAUAAAAGAUCAAUCUCUACAUUCAAAUCUCGUUUACAUUACAACAAAUUUUAGAUUUUUACCACAUGCAAUUACACAAUUAGAAAAAAGAGGUAUUUUUUAUUUUUUAUUUUUGUUUCAAGUAUUUGCUGUAUUUAUAUAUUAUUAUUUUUUAGGCGAAUCUUUGGCAAAAAGUAUAGGCAUUGUGUUAGAAGCAAAACAAAAGUUAGAGGAAGCUAAUGGCGAAGUAGCGAAACUGAUUUUAGAAACGUGCAAUCGUGUUUUUUCAAAAAAUAAUGGAUGGGCAGAACUUCAAAAAGUCAAUAGUAUUCAUAAUGGCACUGCACUAAACGUAAAUGUGGAACAGUAUGAUUCAAAUGAUUUAGUUUAUAUGAAAUAUGCACCGAUUACAUCGGUUGACGUGGAAAGGUCUUUUUCUAUGUAUAAAAAUUUAGCACCCAAUAGAAUGAGUUUCAAUGAAAGUAACUUGACUAAAUAUAUGGUAGUAAAUUCCUUUUUUAGUAUUUAA